AUUAUUGGUUUUGGACGGGGAAGGCUCGAAGAGAAGAAAUCCCUCGGUGAGGGGAAGCCGGUGCUCUUUGCUCCCCGGCGAGGAGAAGAUACGAUUCCGGCUGCAGGCAGAGGACCGUGGCUCGUUAGUCGCGAUGAAGGAAAAAUCCAAGAACGCGGCAAAGACUAGACGGGAAAAAGAAAAUGGAGAAUUCUACGAACUGGCCAAACUCCUGCCCCUGCCCUCGGCCAUCACCUCCCAGCUGGACAAGGCGUCCAUCAUCCGCCUGACCACCAGCUACCUGAAGAUGCGAGCCGUCUUCCCCGAAGGUCUGGGCGACGCCUGGGGACAGCCGAGCAGGAUAGGACCCUUGGACAACGUGGCCAAGGAGCUGGGAUCCCAUUUGCUUCAGACUUUGGAUGGCUUUGUUUUCGUGGUGGCAUCGGAUGGCAAAAUAAUGUACAUCUCAGAAACAGCAUCUGUACAUCUUGGCUUAUCUCAGGUGGAGCUAACUGGUAAUAGCAUUUAUGAGUAUAUACAUCCUUCUGACCAUGAUGAGAUGACAGCUGUUCUUACUGCUCACCAGCCUCUUCAUCCUCACCUCUUACAAGAAUAUGAAAUUGAGAGAUCCUUUUUCCUGAGAAUGAAGUGUGUCCUAGCCAAGAGGAAUGCAGGAUUGACAUGCAGUGGCUACAAGGUGAUCCAUUGCAGUGGCUAUUUGAAGAUACGGCAGUAUAUGCUAGAUAUGUCUUUGUAUGAUUCCUGUUACCAAAUCGUUGGACUGGUGGCUGUAGGUCAAUCUUUACCUCCCAGUGCAAUCACUGAGAUCAAACUUCACAGUAACAUGUUUAUGUUCAGAGCAAGUUUGGACUUAAAAUUAAUAUUCCUAGAUUCCAGAGUGACUGAGUUAACUGGAUAUGAGCCCCAAGAUCUGAUAGAAAAAACCCUCUACCACCAUGUUCAUGGCUGUGAUGUGUUCCAUUUACGAUAUGCUCAUCAUCUGUUGCUGGUGAAAGGCCAAGUCACAACCAAGUACUAUCGACUACUGUCCAAGCAUGGAGGCUGGGUUUGGGUACAGAGCUACGCUACCAUUGUGCAUAACAGCCGUUCAUCACGGCCUCACUGCAUAGUGAGUGUCAAUUAUGUCCUUACAGAUAUUGAGUAUAAGGAACUUCAGUUGUCACUGGACCAGGUUACCAUUUCUAAGUCACAGUUUUCGUGCAGAAACUCAGUAUCUACCUCGCAGGAAACAAGGAAAAUAGUAAAACCCAAAAGUAAUAAAAUGAAGGCAAAACUCAGAACAACGCCUUACCCACAACAGCAAUACAGCUCAUUCCAAACAGACAAACUGGAAUGCAGCCAGGUGGGAAACUGGCGAUCCAGCCCUGCAGUGAACGCUGCCACCAUUCAAGAACAAAACUUCCAUUCAGAAAACAGUGAACUUUUAUAUGCCCCGUCAUAUAGCUUGCCUUUCUCUUACCAUUAUGGACACUUCCCUGUCGAUUCUCAUGUCUUCAGCAGCAAAAAGCAAAUGCUGCCUUCUAAGUUCGGGCAGUCUCAAGGAGCACCUUGUGAAGUGGCUCGGUUUUUCUUGAGUACGCUGCAGACAAAUGGAGAAUGUCAGUGGCAUUAUGCCAACUCCUUGGUACCCAGCAGCCAGUCACCAUCCAAAAAUCUUCCUGAGCAGCCAGUGAACAUCAUCCGGCAUAAUCUUGCACAGAGUUAUGAAGUGCCCAUAUCAAACAGAAGAUACAACCAAGAUGCUCUCUCUGACAACUUUACAAGUUGCACAGCACCCAUGCCAGGCAGCAGAUACAAAGAAGAGAUUUAUGAUUCCGGCAUCAUGAAACCCACCAAAAUAGAGAACAGGAUUCAGCCACCUCACCAUCUUAUUAAAGAAGAAAACAAGUUAGCUUUUAACAGAGACCUACAAGAAAAAAUGAGUAUUAAUGAAAGUUCUUUUUCAAACUCAAUAGCUAAUUCCUUGCUGCCAAAAUCAGAAUGUUUCCAGUCUAAAGCUAUAGGACAGUUAAGUCAUCUCCUACCAGUGCCCUCCGUAUAUGAACAAACAAGACGGAUUUGUAUGAAAGAACCCAAAUAUGGGCAUAUUAGUCACCAUGCUACGAAUCUAGAUGAAGUGGACAGUGAUGACAGAAUGACUGUAAAGCUCGAUCAUGAUUCUGAAAGUGAGUGUGUGAUGGAUGUAAGACCCUCUGGACAAGUUCCAUUUGUGCUUCUAAAUUAUCACCAUGUUUUAGCUAAACAUGGCACAUUUCAAACUUCACCAUGUACAGCAACAGGACAUGUAGGAGAAAAUUAUGGAUACAAUUCUGAGGAAGUAAAUACAUUUAUUUACAAAAACCAAAGCCCCUCAUCAGCUUCUUCUCCAGAAACCCACAAGGAAACUGCACUACCCCAUUAUAUUGGAACUUCUGUAAUAAUAGCCAAUGGAAGGUGACGGUAGUAGAAAAGUAUUUACAUGUAAUUGAGAAGUCAAACUGUAAUGAUUUCCAAAAAGCAUGAGAAAACAUGGUUACAUUUACUGAGCAUAGCUGAAGGUCAUUGAGGGACAGACUUGUGUGUUCCUGGCAAGCCAUGUGUAACAGCACCUUCAAGGUCAGGAAAAAAGAACACAUCCAGCUUCAGUGCUUCGUUGUCAAAGAUUAAGCUCUGGUGCCAGUGAGAAGACUUGUUACAGAUCUUAUUUUUGUUAUUUUAUAGUGUGCAACAAAAUUAAAUGAUAGGUGUUAUAUGCAGAGAUUUAUAUGAAGAACAUUUUUUCCCUUAUCCCCUCCUUCUCAAAGUACAUUCAAGAUAUAUUAUUUUUCUUUUAAUCGUUAUCAUAAACUGUACACCCUAGUUUAGGUAUUUUUGACAAACUGUGUGAAACCUUACAUCAACUCUCCACCCAUGUGUUAAACAUCCUGACAAAUGAACUUUGUUUAAAGAGUGAUGAUUUUUAGUAUCCAUAAUACAGUUGUACAAACCAAACAGAACUCAGUUUGGAACACGCUUAUUUAUUAAUUAUCCAAAAGUUUUUAAAAUAAAUCAAAUCUGAAUUUGAUUUAUUUAAGAUAGAUUUCAGUAUUCAGAGAUUGUUACUGCCACCAUUUAACGUAACAACGAAUGAUAUCAUGACAUAUUAAUACAUAAAAAGAUAUAUAUUAAAGGGUUACAGGUCUUGUCAUGGUGAAUUGGGACAAAUCACAUAGCAGGAACUAAAGAUUAUUCCCCAUAAAAAUGUAAUAAGAAAAAGAAACUUCUAAAAAGUGUAUUCCACUGAAUAUUCCGGGAGAACGCUGUGUAGUUUUUCAAACCAACUAAUCAAAAAUACAUUUUAAUAAUAGCACCAGAAAAUGUUUUAUUUAUAGUCAAGGGAAUAAUGAACAUUUAUGCUUUAUUUUAAACUUACUAGCAACCUUCUGAAGUUUGAAAAGUUCAGUUUUUAACACACUGCACUUCCUUAAGCAUAAAUCUCAUUGUCAACACAAAGGUAAGAUUAAUAUUUGCCUGAUUCAUGCACUUCACAAAUUAUGUCAGCGGACAAUCUGAAUAAGAAAAGUCAGAAGUCAUUGCACAACCACAAGAAACAAGAUUGCACUUGAAGUAAAGCCAGGUACAUCAUUGCUUUGAAGUGAACCCUUUGCAUACAUCUCAAUUUGUGCCAAUAAACUAGAAAGCAAAAAGCAUACAGCAUAUAUUUAAAUUCUGCCCAGCCUAUUAGGAACAGAUCCCCCCCUUGUUUUUACUUCUCUGUAAAGUUUGCAAACCAAGAAAUAAGGAAGCAUACGAAUCUGUGUGUGUUUUCCUGACAAGUUGGUCCAGUUUGUCUUUCACCCACUUCCCGAAACAUUCAUGUGCUUUUGAUAAAACAACGUAUGGCUCUCUACAUAAUAAGUGUAAAUAACGAUAAAGGUUUUUGUAGAUCUGAGUCCACCAUAUUUAGCCACAUUUCUUAGCCCCAUUCAAAGCUAGUUUACAUUUUAGAAACUUCUUUUCUCUCUCCAAAGAGACCUUUCCUAAAGAAAAUGCUUACCUGGCUUGUGCAAUAUGGAAAAAUACACGCUCAUGGAUUGCACCUUGUCAGAUAAAAAUGUAAUGAAAUACACACUUUUUUAAAGUGCACAUUCUCCAUCUUGUAUGUACAGUAAUAAUAUUCAGUCACCUCCUUGCACCUAUGGAUAUUUAUUGCUAUGAGUAAACAAUAAUACUGUUAACGUGUUUGAAAAUAAUCUUCAGUAUUUUUAUUGCUUUCAAUUAAAAGUUUAACACAGAAAGCUUUAUUAUGAAGCUAAAUUGGUAUUCACUUUGGAAAUUCACAGCUGUCUGACUGAAUUUACUAAAAAAAUGCUACCUUUCAUGACAAAUAUAAGCAAAAAUACCUAAUCAGUCACUACGAGAAUAGCGACUUUUUAGCAAGGAUAAAAAAAAUAGCAAAGCCAAACCAACAUAUUCACUUUAAUUGUAUUCCUUGUUUUUUCUAAAGCUAGAGAAGGCAUUUCUCCAGAAAUGUUAUGAGUGAGUAUUAUUAUCAUUCUGAUUUCAUUAAUUGAUGAGACCCAAGCUGGUUUUAUAGUGGCUUUAUUUAAUAGCUUUCCCAGCCAGUGUUACUCAUGAAUGCACCCAACUUCUUAGAAGAUACAAUUAUGCUACGACUUGUAUGUUAAUUUUCUUAAAUUAAAACCAUACCCUAUUAAGGAGUAACUGACAUUGUUUGCAUCAUUAAAAAGAAACCUGAUGCACAACUCUUUCAUAUUACGUGUCUCUCCAUACAUACCUCAUUAGUGCAUUGCUGCACAUGAAGUCAAUCUGGUGUAUUUUUCUGUUCUUAUAAGUAAUUCUCAUAAUAAAAACACGUUUUCAGGAACGUACAAAUUAGGCUUUGGUUAAAAAACACCAUUAAUAUUUUUCAGUAAAAUACCACCAAAUAUUUUUCCAGCAUCUAGCUUGUUAUUCACACUUCCAGGCUUUGUUCAACAAGCCUGAGUAGAGGAGGUGUUCCAUCACUCUCCCACAGAUGUUUUGCAGUAUAUGACAUUCAAAUACACGAAUUUUCCCUGCUAGGAAAUAAUGAAUCAAUUAUGCAUUCACAUAUGAUAAUACAGAGUAGGUUUUAGAAAAGAUCUGUGAUUAUAAAAGCAAAUGUGUGAAACAUUUUUCCUGCCAUUCCAAAAUAGAAACAGCAAUUGCAUAUUCACAUCUGGAAUGUGAGUACAUUAUACUGAGAGAAAAAUAUGAGUUCAAGCAUCGACUUUUAGUCAGUUAAACUACAGAUGUUUAUAGUAUGCUAUUACUGUAGAAUGUGGUACAGCCAUUGACAGUGGCAAUGUUUUUAAUAAUUGGAAAAAAUUAUGUCAUGUAAGUGGAGUGUGAAUUGCAUUAUAUUAUGAAAAAUAACCUAAGUUCUCUCCAUCAUACUUAUUCGAGCCAGUAUAGAUAUCUUUAUCAUAGAUACCUUUAUCAUGCAACUUGAUGGGAUUUAAAAUCUUGGGGGAGGUCAGGCCUAGCAAGUAAAGUCUAUGCAGUAUGAAACAGAGAAAGAGUGUGAGAGGGGUAAUGAUUUACCUAAAUAUAAAGUUGGAAAUGUUAAUCCCAUAUUGAUGUCUCAAAAGUUUUUAUCCUAUUAAGAGAAACAGUGCAAUGUAAAUAAGGUGGUAAGGGAACAGACUUCUCUCCAGGUUACAACCAUGUAAUUUCAAAAGGGCAUUUAAGUAAUUUAAUUAAAUUAAGCACAGUGGACUAUAGGUGUAAAAUCUGAUAAUAGAUCACUGAGAUAACGUGGAAAUGCUAUCUUUAUGAAUGGUAUACCUGCCAGAUAUUAGCAUUUCUCUAAAAAUCACAAAACACCACACCAAGCAUUUUUUCAACAUUUCAGUCAUACUUCAAAAGCAACACAGAGAAAAUUUAAUUUCAUUUUUUCCUGAACAUUAGAUUUUGCUUUUUUUUUUUAUAUAUAUGAUGCAGAUAUGAGCUACUUGGCAAAUGUAGGAGAAAAAGCACGCAAAACAAACAACCUAUUAAUGCUCAGAAUUAUAUAUGUAUUCCCUAAAAAUGUAAAGCAUUUUUGCUUAUUUAUUAUGUAAAACAGAACUGUUAAAAUGAUAAUAAAGUCCUGUAGCCAAAGGAAAAGUGAGUUUGAUUUUUUUUUACUACAAAACACAAGAUUUCACAAAGAAUAACACUGUACAUUUGAAAAUUUAUUUCAAUUAUGACACUAUAUUUGACAGUUAGUGUAUCAUAAAAUACAAGGAAUUAUGUAUUCUGUUUAAGCCACAUUACAUUUUAAAGGGAGAGUCUUGGAGAAUGGAAAAUAACACAGAAUCACUAAUGAAACACCCUAAUGCAAGAUAUUCAAAUACAGCAUCAGUUUACAAUUCCUCCCUGCAGUUCUUUUUUCUCAGUUGUUUGCUACAUGAUGAUACUCUGCUGCAUGCCACCAUUUUUUGACCUCUGUUCUUACUUCAGUCCAGAUUUAAUUUCUUUGGUGUCUGGUCAUUGCUGUGCAUCACUACUGUAACUUAUGCAUGCAAAUGCUUUUAUCAAGCCAGCUUCCCCCAGGAAUGAAUCAACUGUUAGCAGCACAAAUCUUUUUCACAACACCUACUAAGCUGUACUUCAGAAAAAAUUGAUGUAGCUAUUGCAUAUUACAAAGUAGUUGCAGAGAGUAAUUUUUUAGACUGCUGAGGUCUUGUAGCUGGAUCAGAAAAAGCAAAAAAAUAAUUAACCCCCCCCCAACAGUUGCACAAUUAAACAGCAGCAUAAAGAAUUAAAUACUUUAAUAUUAUUUCUAGAUAAUAGCCCUUGAAGUAUAUUAUAUUUGCUGGAUAGAUUUUAA